UAGCACUCGUGCCAGAAGCUAUUGAGUGAUGCUGGGACUUCUAUUAGGACUGGGACUUGUGUCGUUAUGCGUCGGUUAUCAGUGCAGUGAGGUCAACCAUACAGCUUUUCACUCCGCAUUCCAGUGCACCAUCCACGUGCUACAGCCAAAAAUGCUAGAAGACUUCAACACGAGAAAGGCAUCCAAUGAUUCCGGCCAAUCGGAUGCAGACUUUGCAUGGAAUGACUGGGGGAAUAACUGCUCGCAGGAAGACAAUGGAAUUCUACGUCUGUUACUUCCGACCCAGAGCGAGGAAAUGAAAAUCAAGGCGCAACUCAUGGUGACGGCUUGCAUGAACAGCACGAUCUACAAUAUGAAGGACUGAAUGAGGAAUGAAGACUCGGCAAUCUCACUUGACGACGUCAUCAACCCAGUCCGCUGCAGGGAAUCUCAGAUGAUUUUAUUACCAAACAAAACGCUAUAAAAUAUCAUUUCCGACAAAGUACAUAGUACACCUUCAUCCCAAUCUGCAAAUGUUCCGCAUCGCCUCCCUUCAGAUGCGACAAUACCCUGCACAAAGAAAAAUCACGUGACAUUAAUGCUUCAGAAGAAACAAAGAUCUACAAGAUCUGCCAGUUUUGCGGGUUAUGUUUGCUGAGUGUUUGAGUGAAGAUGACUGAUUGAUUAAUUUGUGAGGGAUGAUGAUAGUGGCACUUUAAAGGGACGGUCGCAUACAGAAACCCAUCUAGGAAACAGACAGCAUUAUGUUUGGCAUCGGCCGACAACCUACUUGGCUAAUCUUUUCAUCCCAA